AUGGACUCAUUUGGGAUAUUUCAUCAAGCCAGAAGGAGGACCAUGGGAAGUUCAACCUCCUCUCUUGUCGAUGAGACUGAUGGUGAGCCGGGUCCCCGCGGCUUUCCUCUUCCUCCCUCCCCAGUCAUGGGAUGUCUGAGGAGCAGCCAGAGCACCUUCAUGCCUCGGCAGCUUCCUCGACCCGCCAGGCACAGAGAGCGCAGUUUCUCCUCCGGCUCGGUGCCAAUGCAAAGCAGCCAGUGGGCGUGCAUCUGCUGCACCUUCCUCAAUGCAGCUGGCGCCCCCCGCUGUUCAAUCUGUGAGGCUCCCCGGAGACGGCCCGAGGCCUUCCGAUGGACGAGGCGUGGGAGUGGCAGGGAGGACUGCCGCUGGCCCUGUCCCCGCUGUACACUGACUAACUCCCCAAGCAGCCUGGCCUGCUCCCUUUGUGGCUACACUGGAGCACCUGGGAGACAGGAGCCACCAUGCAAUGCUUCGCGGGACCAGCCCCGUCCUCGACGCUCCAGCAGCUGCUCCAGUCCCUUCAAACAGUCUCAGAUGUUGUCCACUGAGCCAUGUCCGCAGCAGACAGCCAGCCAAAAGGAGGGAAAUGCAGGAGGUGUCAAAGACAGGGGACAGGGUUGGGACUGUGCGAGGUGCACUCUUCAAAACACUCCCGCCUCCAUGUCCUGCUCUGCCUGCGGUGGUCCUCGCAAACUGUCUCUCCCUCAGAUUCCUGCAGAAGCCCUGUUCAUGCCUGAGGUCUGUGAUCAAACAGGAGUGCAGCUGCCAGAGCCUGCAGCAGGGGCAUUGUCCCUCUCUGUCUCAACCAGGGGGGAGUCCCUACCGGCAGAUGCACCCUAUCCGCAGCCUCCCCCCUCCUCCCUCGUGGGGCAGAAUAACCCGGUCCCCUGCAGUCGCAGAGAAGUUCCACCUCCACCUGUGUGUCUCAACCAAUCACACAACCCUAGUCCAUCUCCCUCUUCUCUGUCCACCCCCCAGGAGCUCCUGAACAGCAGGAGGCUCAGCAUCCUCAGGGAGGAAAUAUCACCCCUGACGCCAGCGUCAGAAACCUCAAAAUUGUUUCCUCCCACCUGCGCUGUACUCCCUCUCAGCAGGACAGAGCAGUCGUGGUCGUGCCCGGCCUGCACCCUCAUUAACGAGGUGAAGGCCAGGUACUGUGUGGCCUGCCACACCCCUCAGCUUUACCUCGCUCAGAUCAGACCCUCUGUGGCCGUCAAGAGGAAGGAGAGCAUGCUGGUGGAGGCCCGGCGUCAAAGUGAUGAAGGAGAGGCCAAAGAGCUCUGGGAGAACAUCAUCAGCUUCUGCAAAGAGAAUGGAGUGAUUUUUGUGGAUGACAGCUUUUCCCCUGGUCCCAAGUCAGUGGGCUUUCCAGAAGACGACAGUGUCCAACAGAGGGUCAAAAAGUGGCUCCGGCCCCACGAAAUCAACAACUGCAACUUUAGAGAUCGCGGGGUUAAGUGGUCUGUUUUCCGCACUCUUCGCCCAUCUGACAUCCUACAGGGACUUCUGGGAAACUGCUGGUUUCUGAGCGCACUGGCCGUCCUGGCUGAGCGUCCUGAACUGGUGGAGAAAGUGAUGGUGACCCGCUCGCUGUGUCCGGAGGGGGCCUACCAGGUGCGUCUCUGUAAGGAUGGCUCUUGGACCACAGUGCUGGUGGAUGACAUGCUGCCGUGUGAUGAGAAUGGCCAUCUCCUAUUCUCGCAGGCCCAGCGUAGGCAGCUGUGGGUGGCAUUGAUUGAGAAGGCCCUGGCCAAGCUCCAUGGUUCCUACUUCGCCUUGCAGGCAGGGCGCGCCAUUGAGGGCCUAUCCACGUUAACAGGGGCCCCCUGUGAGUCGCUGGCCCUCCAGGUCAGCGCCACCAACCCGCGGGAGGAACCCAUCGACACUGACCUCAUCUGGGCCAAAAUGCUGAGCUCUAAAGAAGCAGGCUUCCUGAUGGGGGCAUCCUGUGGAGGUGGUAACAUGAAGGUGGAUGACUCCGAGUACGAGUCUCUGGGUUUGCGUCCGCGGCAUGCCUACUCUGUUCUUGAUGUACGAGAUAUAGACAACCACAGGCUGGUACAACUGCGUAACCCCUGGGGCAGGUUCUCCUGGACCGGUCCCUGGGCAGACAGCUGGCCAAAAUGGCCUCCACACCUGAAGAGGGAGCUCUGUGCACAGCGUGCUGGGGACGGCCUGUUCUGGAUUGACUUCUGGGACUUCAUCAGGUACUUUGACGCAGUAGAUAUCUGUAAGAUCCAUUCAGAUUGGCAGGAGGUUCGGGUGCCUGGUGUUUUCCCCAGAGGGUCCAAUGUCCCGGUGACGGUGGUGUCACUCACGGUGCUGGAGAGAACAACCAUAGAGCUGGCCUUAUACCAGAAGGGCAGCAGGCGGUGGGACACGGCAGAGAGUCACUUGUUGGACCUCUGCAUCCUGGUCUACAGGGCAGGCUUCGACAGCGCCGGUGCCCUGGUGCUGGGCCGCCUCCUGGCCCACAGCAGGCGCUCGGUGAGGAGGUUCGUGGGCUGUGACGUGAUGCUCGAGCCUGGAGAGUACGCCGUGCUCUGCUGUGCUUUCAACCACUGGCAAAGCGCUGAGAUGGAGGGGAAAGCAAGCUGUUGCAGAUCAGAGCUACCGGGUUACAUGUUGGCUGUCUACAGCUCCAGACUGGUGGUGGUGGAGCAGGUGACAGCCUCGAUCACCACCAUAGCCGACGCCAUCGUCCAACUGAUGGAGACCAAGGGUGAGAGACACGAGGGCCGAGAGGGGAUGACCUGCUAUUAUCUGACCCACGGGUGGGCAGGGCUUAUCGUGAUGGUGGAGAACCGACACCCCAGACAUCACCUCCAUGUGUCAUGUGAUUGCAGUGACAGCUUCAACGUGGUGUCGACUCGCAGCAGCCUGAAAACCAUAGACAGCAUCCCUCCUCUGCACAGACAGGUGUUGGUGGUGCUGUCUCAACUGGAAGGCAAUGCUGGCUUCUCCAUCACACACCGCCUGGCCCACCGCAAAGCCCUCCAGGCUUCCCUGGGCAACUGGAGUCCCACCAAGGCAACACAUAGUCCGGCUCUCAGCCCAGAAACAGCAGGGCUUCAUCAGCCUCGUCCGCUUUGA